AAUUUAAAUACGUUAAUUGCAAUUGCAUUCAAAAGCAAAUGUUCGAAAUGAGUCACAGACUGCUGGCGGUGGCUUACCUGCUUUUGGUUUGCAGCUGCCGUGGCGCGUCUGUCUUUGAUUUUAUAACCCAAUCCGCGCCACAUUUGGAUAAUCUUACGGAACAAACAACUGCAGCUCCGGUGACAUCGAAGCCCACCAGCAAUCGGGAUAUUACCGUCGGACCCUGUAAAUGGGCCAUAGGACGCAGUUGUCCCGAUCCGGAUGUUAAGUAUUAUAUUUACACGCGUCACAAUGUCAUGGAUCGUCAAAGUCUGCACAUUGCUGAGACGUCAGAACAGUCGAAUCUCACCGACUCCUUCUUUAAUCCACGACAUCCCACCAAGAUACUUAUACAUGGCUACAACUCCGACAUGUUUCUCAACCCGCUUCAACAAAUGCGAAACGAAUACCUGGCCAAAUCGGAGCACAACAUAAUCUAUGUGGACUGGAGCGUGCUGGCGCCCGGGCCUUGCUAUAUAAGCGCCGUGCACAACACACGGCAAGCGGGAGCCUGUGCUGCGCAGCUGGUGGAGCGUCUGGUGGAGGCAGGCAACACGGAUAUACACAUAAUUGGUUUCUCGCUGGGUGCCCAGGUGCCCAACUAUAUAGCGCGCCAGUUGAAAUCCUUUAAGCUGCCCCGCAUCACUGGCCUGGAUCCGGCGAUGCCGCUUUUUAUUACCGCCGGUCUCAACGACAAACUGGAUCCCAGCGAUGCCGACUUCGUCGAUGUCAUACACACAAAUGCGCUGGUCCAGGGCAAGCUGGAGCGCUGCGGCCAUGCUGAUUUCUACAUGAACGGUGGCAUUUCACAGCCUGGCUGCACGGGACAGCAGUGGACGAAUUCAUUUGCUUGCAGCCAUCAGCGCGCGAUGGCUUAUUACCUGGAGUCCAUACGCUCGCCCAAAGGCUUCUGGGGCUGGGCCUGCAGUGGUUACAUCCCCUAUCUGCUGGGCAUGUGUCCGCCCACAAAUUAUCUGCUGGAGGCCGGUGACAACAUACGCCACAGCACGCGUGGCAUGUUUCUGAUAGACACCAACGAUACCUCACCCUAUGCGCUGGGCAAGUGGACGGACUUGCCCACGCUUGGCGUGAAACAUCCGCGCACACCCGCGCUGACACUCAAGAUACCUGCCCAGAGCGUUGAUCCUUUGCUAAAGCACAUCGAUCAGUUUGGCAAGCUGGCCACAAAUUUUAACAAUCUGCCAUCGGCGCCCUAUGCAAAGGAUCCCUAUGAGAACUGGACCAGCUACAGUCCUCCGCCGCACAAGGACAGCGAAAGCGACGACUCCGUCGAGGAGCAGGAACCGUAUUCGACGGAAUCUGCAGACAUGGAUGAUCGUCAAUUGAAUAAGCCACUCGACUGGUGGAUCUACAGGCGCAAUCUUACGUAUGGCCACAUAGACAACACUAUAUUCAGCAUUCCAAAGGUGCACUAGCUUUUAUCUAUACUUAGCUAU